AUGAUUGAAGGAACUACGCUACGAUGUGGUAGACACGCAAAACAGGUCGUCGCAGUCUGCUUCAGGAAGCAGAGUCACGUGCUCUUCAAUGGAACCUCGGCGAACGUAGACGAAACGCACUGUCGCUGGCCGACCCGUGCUGAAACAGCGCUAGCUAGCUGGGACGCGCUGGACCGAGAGCUGCCUAUGACGUCACGCCAGAUGGUUCCCUUUGACGUUCUUUGACGUUCUUUGACGUUCUUUGUCUCCCUGGUUUGUCUUUCGUUCUCUGACGUUCUUUGACGUUCUUUAGCCACACAGUUCUUUUUAGAUAGUUUAAGGAGGAUCAGCGCUGUAUACUCAGAAUCUCCAGAGGUGCCGUGAGAAGUCAGUUAUCACGGUCGAAAAGUCAGGGGCCUCAUCGAUCGUCGACGCGUCGAGGCGCGCGAGUUCGCGCAUCGACGUUGGUCUCCUUCCGCAUCUCGCCCCCGGCCCGGACGCCGAAGUCACCACCUCCUUUCGACAAUGGAACAUUGUUUCAAGAAGGGGGAAAAUCUCUACGAAAAGAAGGAGCUCACGGAUGCAGGCUAUCGAUAUGCGCUUGAUGACCAGAACCAGCUCGACGUUCCGUAAGUCUGACACGCGUCGUUGGCACGUCGUGUGCAAGACAUGAGGUCACGGAUGAUAAGGACGAUAGUGACUCGGUGGCGACGAAGUCGGUGCCAUUAUCAUUCCGCCACAUUUUCCCAACGUACAGGACGUCCAAUCAAGUGCAGGGUCCGGGCCCGACUCCAGGGUGCGGACGAUAGGGCCAAGCGCGACACGAUCUGUGGCCUCUGCAAAAGGCCCGGACACAACCGAGUUACAUGCGAUAG